AUGCCUGUAAAAUUCUAGACACCAAUAAGGAAGAAGCCAAACUACAGAAUAAAUUAUCUUGAUGAUGCUUCGGAAACUGCAAAGAAAUUGAAAACGAGUCUUAAUUUAUACAUGAAUAACGAUAGUCAAGUAAAUGAGUAAAAGAUUACUUUGUUUAACUGUCUUAAUGACAUGCUAUCGACUGCUGCUAUUACAGAUGACAAACAUCUUUAAGAGAGGUAGAUUUAAUAAGUUGAUAAAUGGUUCUAACAGAACUUAGAAGUUAUUAAUUUCAGAACUAAGCCUCCACUCUAUCAGUAAAAUAGACAUGUAAAGGAAAAAGCAAACAACACAGAAAAUUCCUCAAAAUCUCCCAGAAAUAGCAUUAUGAAAGUAUUAGGGACUCAUAUUGCAAAGGAAUUCACUACUCCCAAAAAGAAUGCCGCCUAAAGGCAAUUUAUAAACAGCAAAGAUAUUUAGAAAUCAGCUGUAAGAGAUUAAAGUCAGGAGUCACUUGUACUUGGCCAAUCACCUUCUGGGUCAAGACUUAGUAUGUCUAAAAAGCGUGAAGAGAAUCAAACUCCAUAAAUUUAGCAAGCAUUUUCCAUAGUUAAGAAAAAAGUAGACUUGCUAAACAAAACAUAAUCUUUUAUGCUAAGUGAAUAUCAGUUUGGGACCUAAGACUAUCUUAAUUAAUUAAAUAAAAUGAUCAGUGAAUCUACAACCGAUUCAAUUUCUAGAGCUAGGAUGUAAUAGUAGAUUAAGAACACUCUUUUUGAUUGGUAAAAUUAAAAAAGACUCAGAUAGAGUUUGAAGUGCUAUAAAAAUGAAUUAUUAGACAAUUCAAAUUUUUAAAACUUGGGAGUUUCUUUAAGAUCUUAUGCUUAGACUACAAUGAAUCAUUAAAAAGAAAAUAAAAAUAAGGAAUAACGCAUUGAGACUUAGCAAAUUACUGGGGGUGGAUCUGUUUUUCAAGAUACUCUCUUUGAUAACAGAUUCUUAGAUAUCGAAAAUGAUUAAGAUUUAAGAAGUGAUGUUUCUAGUGAAGAAGUAUCAGAGGUUUAGAUAAGUUAACAGCAGAAAUCACUGCUUAACAAUUAAUUCAAAGCAAGCAUCAAGCCAAAGAAGAUUAUAGACCUGACAAAAGAUGAAAUUGACAACUAUCCCGAUUUAUUCAACUCACCAAAAAAGGAGACUAAUAUACAACCAGCUAAACCCAUCAAACUCCCUCCUGAACUUGAAAAUAUGAAACUCCCCCCUCCUCCAAUUACAGUGGAUUAGCUUAGAAAAUAACUUAACUACUCUUAAUAAUAAGUUAAAAAUAUAGAAUCUAAUCAUGUUCAUAAGAUAAGAAUGAACAGGACAAAUGUGAUCUUUAAAAAUUAAGGUAAUAUCAGUAAGAUUGAUGAUUUUACUGGAUCAUCUCUCCAAGUUGAUGAUAUGCUUAACAAUUCUCAACUUAAUACCUUUUAUCCAAUGAUUAACUAAGAUAAAAUGAAUCUUGACUCUGCAGUUCUAAAUACUAAUGCGUCAAAUGAUGUCAUUACUAUGAGUUGCUUUACUAGACCACUGAGUAACAUUCGUAGAAAAGUCAAUAUAUCUAGAUUACCAAGUAUUAAUUAUAACUUUAAACUUUUGGCUAAGCAAAAUGAAAAGAGAUUAGAAGAGCUCUAGGAGAUAGAGUCAAUAAAGAAAGAACUAUCUAAAAAUGACGUCCCUCUUGGAAUUAACAUUCUUUAAAGGGCUAUUUAGUAUUCUAAUGAGAGAGCUGAAGAGGAAGUAAAUGACUUUGGAAUUAGGAGUAGUAGCAUGCCCUCUAAAUAGAUAAAUUACCCAAAUCUCGGAGAUUUAUUACUUAAAAAUCCUUUCGAAAAAGAAAAAGAAACUAAAAAAGGUAGAAAGAAAAAGAGAUGA